AUGGAUCCUCCAUCACCCUCUUCAUCCGAUGAUUCAAUCGAUCUCGACGACGCUAUUCUUAGUACCGUUGCUUUGACAGUUACUACUAUGAUUCAAGUCGCGGAAGACGAGGAGGACGAGGAAGACCAACUUUCGCUUAGAAGAAGAACGGUUCUGGAAUGUCGACGUGAGGAGGCAUACGCGCGAUUGGUCCGCCUUUACUUUGCUGAGCGACCCGUAUUUGGCGCGAGGGAUUUUAGACGGCGCUAUCGUAUGAGCAAGCGGCUAUUUUUGAGAAUUACAAAUAACUUGGAAGAAAGGUAUCCAUAUUUUCAAAAAAGAAUGGAUGCUCGUGGGAAGCUGGGUUUCAUGCCGAUACACAAGACUACCUCCGCGCUUCGUCAAUUAGCAUAUGGGUGUAGCGUCGACUUGUUUGACGAGCAUUUGGAGAUGUCAGCUAGGACUUCCCGGGAGUCGCUGAUAUAUUUUUGUAAAGCGGGUUUUUAUGCAAACAACAACUACUACAAAGCCAGAUACGACUUGACAGAUGGCAUCUACCCUGAGUAUUCCACUUUUGUGAAGACUUUUACUGACCCGAUUGAUGAAAAGAGAAAAUACUUUAAGAAAAAACAAGAAUCGGCCCGAAAGGAUAUCGAGAGAGCAUUCGGGGUUCUUAAAAAGCGUUGGAAAGUUAUUAGUUUUCCCUCACGGUUUUGGGACAAGCAGAGGAUGCAUGACGUGAUAUACGCGUGUAUCACUCUACACAACAUGAUAUUGGAGGAUGAAGAUAAAGCUUUUUGUCAAGACUUCAACGAUGAAGACCCGACACUAGACCCGGCGUAUUGGGAACAACAAACUCCAAUGGAGCAACGGAUCGCGAAUUCACAAGCCGUACGAAAUAGCCAAACCCACAACAUGCUCUUAGCGGAUUUGGUAGAUCAUCUUUGGGAAAACAAGAGGGGAAAUCCUCCACCAUACGUGCCAUUGGAAGUCGAUGACUACUUUAGCGAUGAUGAUUAG